AUGGCUCCAUCCCACUCCAACUUGGUAAUGGAUCCAUUCUCAGCUAACUACAAGGCUCGGCCAGGUGAACUGCCAUCAUCCCUAUCAAUCAAAAGCUAUCGCCACAAACGAGUCGGACAACAGGAUGCCCUUGAAUGUGAACAUGCUCAGUCAAAGCGGGCACAGAAUGUCUUCUGUCCCUCCACUGCUGGCAAGAGGGAUAGAGUGGUACACAAACGGAUGCUCAGUAACCUGGAGAGCCUGCUGCCUUCACCCCCAAUGAACACUAGCGGCUCAAUAAGGCCUUCAUCAAAACUACCAGCUUCAGAAGAAGUUGAUUCAAAAAAGAAGUUUCAGUUUCCAGCCGAGACUGCAAACCCAAACCCUUUCGAGUCAUCAUUUCAUACCCCACCCCGCCGAUGUGGGAUCUUCUUCUCUCCGCCGAGAAGCUUGGAUACUCUCACUUCAAAGCAAACCAGAUCCGAACAAUUCACCAGAAGUGCUCAUUGUCUGCAACCCUCCAAGGGAGAGACCAAAGCAACACUCAGAUUGGAGAGCUACAACCGCUUUUCUUCUGCCUUUUCCCGUGCAAUCAUUCGUGGUGAUAUUAGUCUUGAUCUCGAAACAACCAGUUGA